AUGCGCUUCUCGCUCGCCCUCGCCGCUGCGGCUCUGUCGCACCUUGCGCAGGCCCUCGACCACGUCACCAUCUUCACUCCGCCCUCGGACUACAUUGUUCCCAGGACACUGUACGCGAGGACCUUGUACCUAGAGCAAGAGGAUGCCCUUCUUGCCACCUGGGAAAACUACUCGCCCGAGCCUCCGCUCGUGUGGUAUCCUGUCUACCGCUCCGAUGACAAAGGCGAGAGCUGGUACGAGCUUUCCAAGGUCAACGACACUGUGAACAACUGGGGAAACCGCUACCAGCCGUUCUUGUACGAGCUUAAGGCUGCUUAUGGCGACUACGAAGCGGGCACCAUUCUUUUGGCAGGCAACGCGCUUCCCACCGACCUCAACUACACAAAGAUUGACAUCUAUGCCAGCAAGGAUAGAGGUGUCACUUGGGAGUUUGUCUCGUCAGUCGCCAAUGGAGGCCGUGGUCUACCCAACAACGGCGAGACCCCUGUCUGGGAGCCUUUCCUCAUGGAAUACAACAACCAGAUCAUCACCUACUACUCGGACCAGCGUGACCCCGAUCACGGCCAGAAGCUGGUCCAUCAGGUCUCCACCGACCUUGUCAGCUGGGGCGAUGUCGUUGACGACGUUGCCUACGAGACCUACGACUGGCGCCCUGGCAUGACGACCAUUGCUCUUCUACCCAACGGCCAGUACAUCCUCACGUACGAGUUCUACGGCGCUGAGGAGGCCAGCUUCGCUGUCUACUACCGCCUGUCGGAAGACCCGCUCCUGUUUGACUCGGCCCCAGGCCAGGUCAUCCGCAGUCAAAACGGCACUGUACCCGUGGGUUCUCCGUACGUUGUCUGGACUCCUGCUGGCGGCGAGAACGGUACCAUUGUCGUCAGCUGCGGCUCCGACUCGCAAGUCUUCAUCAACAGGGCUCUGGGUGAUGCCAGCGCUUGGUAUGAUGUCGACACGGUUGAGACGACUUCGUACUCGCGCAGCCUGACGACGUGGGGUACCGAGGGAGAGAUUCUCAUUGCAGGCGGCGGUGUCUUGAAUGGCGCGAGCAAUAGCGUGACGGCCAGUACCGUCAACGUUGCUGUUUGA